AUGGCUCGUCCACGGUUCUUGACGUUUGAAGAAAUGGUGAAUGAGGUACUGGAUGAGAGUGAAGAAGAUGAAGAUGCUUCCGAUCCUGAUACUGAAAUUGAAAGUAGUUCGUCUGAAAGCUGUUUAUCUGAACCGGAUGACAUUAUUGUCAGUAGUUCAGUUGAUGAUCCAUUGUAUAUUGCAAAAGAUGGUACUACUUGGCGUAGCGAGCCUUACGCCACUGGUCGGUUGGGGAGAGAAAAUGUUAUCAAUUUGCGCCCAGGUGUAACAAGAUUUGCAUCAAGCCGGGUAAAUAACAUUCGGGAUUCAUUUCUGCUACUUUUUCCAUCUUCACUAUCAAAAAUUAUAAUUGAAAAUUCGAACAACUACGGAAAGUAUUUACAUGGAUCCAACCACCUAGAAAUUGACGAGGAAUUAUUUCAUGCCUACUUAGGCAUAUUAUUACUGGCCGGUGUGUAUAAAUCCAAAAAUGAAACUUUGCAUGAUUUGUUUGAGGAAUACUGUGGACGCCCUAUAUUUCGGUCAAUAAUGUCUGAGAGAACAUUUUUAUAUAUCCACAAAAUCAUUCGUUUUGAUGAUGUGCUCACCCGACGUGGCCAAAGAAAUGAUGACAAAUUCGCACCAAUCAGAAACCUUUGGGAAAAGUGGUCUGAGCAGCUUCCUAUAUUCUACAAUCCUAUUGAUUGCGUUACUGUGGAUGAACAAUUAUUGGGAUUUCAUGGUCGUUGUAAAUUUCGCCAGCUACAAGAUGUCUCAUCAGUGUGUCGUAAUCGCGUCACUAGCGUAGAAGUCGAGGACUUCAUGCGCAGCGGUCCCCAACGGCCGGAACCAUCAGUGCUGUUCUGCAACACGCACACCUGCCCUCCAAAUUAA